AUGGAAUCCUUAUUCAGCGCGUCCAUCGAGCCAAAGACGGCGGCGAUCGUGGCCACAACCGUCAUCGCGACGCUCUCCUUCCUGUCCCUUGCGCGACUCGGCCUCUACCCAAACUGGGGCACCGCAAUUCCUAACCCCCUCAAGACCAAGGUCCCCGCACUCACAAGCGAUGAGGUCAAGAAGCUUCCUUACCACCCAGACUACUUCCCUGGCGCUCGGGAUGUGGACACGCCCUACGGUACGAUCCGCGUCUACGAAUGGGGCUCAACCACCGGGCCCAAGGUAGUCCUCAUCCACGGCAUCAGCACCUCCUGCAUGACCCUCGGCCCCAUCGCCCACGCCCUCGCCGCCCGCGGCUGCCGCGUCAUGCUCUUCGACCUCUUUGGCCGCGGCUUCUCCGACGGCGUCGGCGACCUCCCCCACGACACCCGCCUGUACACCACCCAGGUCCUGCUCGCCCUCGCCUCCUCCCCGCUCGCCUGGUCCGGCACUGACGCCGUCCGCGUCGUGGGCUACUCACUCGGCGGCGCCGUCGCCGCCUCCUUUGCAGCGGCGUUCCCGCACGUGGUAGAAAGCCUCGUUCUGCUCGCGCCCGCGGGCCUCAUUCGCGCCGAGAACUUUGGCGUACUGGCGCAGAUUACGUUCCAGUCUGGCCUUGUGCCUGAGCGAAUCCUCGCUGCUGUCACGAGGAAGAGGCUGCAGAAGCCGUUGGCGAGUAAGCGGUCUAAUGCUGUCGAGGAGGACGAGGACCCGGUCGAGAAGGUCGUUGACGUCGCGGCCGCCGAGGUGUCUGGGCCGCACGGCAGCGGAGAGGAUCAAAAGGUCGAGCGGAAAGUGCGCGAGUACGUUCCCUGGAUGGUUGCGCACCAUGAGGGGUUCGUAAAGGCCUUCAUGUCGUGUGUGCGGUGGGCGCCGCUUACGGGGCAGCACGAGACGUGGCGGGUCUUGGGUCAGAGGAAGAAGGGGACCACGGCGGUCUUUAUCGGGAAGACGGACGAGGUUAUUGAUGUUGGUCACUAUGCCAAGGAUGGACUGCCCUUGUUGGGUAGCGAGGAAAAUGUGACGUGGAAGGUCCUUCCUGGGGGUCACGACUUUGUGAUGACCAAGACGGAGUACAUUAUGCGCGAGUUGGACGCUUUCUGGGGUAUGAAGGUGCAGUUGUGA